UCCCGGAAGUGCCCCUGCUCCAGUUUUGGCGCCGGACCUGGGACACAAGGUCUGAACAAGGUGCUGCUCUGUGGGUUUCUGGACCCCUGAGGUGGGACAUUCGCGAGUCUCAGCUUCGUGACCGAGGGAGAGACUUCCCUUAGAGAGCUGGACGAGAGGGUUUCUUGCCUCCUGCAUCCAGGACCCUAAGGGCUGGAGAUGAAAGCAGGUUUGCAUUGGAUGCUUCUUGCUUAGACUGUCUGAGAGUGAAAUACCAGAGGAAAAUGGUUGAUGGCAGAAGUUUGACAAUGCAAACACUGGAAUCAGUGACCUUCAAUGAUGUAGCCAUAGACUUUAAUGCUGAAGAGUGGGCCUUGAUGGACACAAUCCAGAGAAACCUGUUCAGAGAUGUUAUGCUGGAGAGUAUCAGUCAUCUGGUGUCAGUGGGGUAUCAGCUCUGCAAAUCAGAAGUGGUUUCUCAGUUGGAACAAGGUGAGGAAUUGUGGAGAGAAGGAUUAGGAUUUCUCCAAGGACAGAGAACAAGCAGACAAAAUGACCACAGAAAAGAAGAAAUGACCAUGCCAUGUGUCUGUGAUAAGGACAAGUAUACCAUCCAGUCAAAGCAGCUGAUUUCUAACACUGGAGAGGAUCCCUUUGAAAGUCAUGAUUUGGGAGAAGAUUUAAUUCACUCCACAUUGUCUGACAUGGAAACAAACCCCUAUCUAAAUGAACAAUUUCAGAAAGCUAUCAAUUCCCAGUCAUUCUUUAGUAGACAUAAGCGAAUUCAUGAUGGAAGUAAGCAGAUUCUUCCACAUGUCUGCCAUCUAUGUGGGAAAUCGUUCCGUCGACGUUGUAACCUUAAGGAACAUGAGAGAACUCACACUGGGGAGAAACCGUAUAUCUGCCAUCUGUGUGGGAAAUCCUUCACUCAUCAUAGUAGCCUUAAGCAUCAUGAGAAAAUUCACAGUGGUGAGAAACCAUAUGUUUGCCAUCUUUGUGGUAAAUGCUUCACUAAUAGGUUUCACUUCACAGAACAUGUGAGAACGCACACUGGGGAGAAACCGUAUAUCUGCCAUCCAUGUGGGAAAUCCUUCUGUCAUCAUAGUGUCCUUAGGCGACACGAGAAAACUCACACUGGUGAUAAACCAUAUAUUUGCCAUCUUUGUGGUAAAUGCUUCGCUAGUAGUUCUCAUCUCAGACAGCAUAUGAGAACACACACUGGGGAGAAACCAUAUGUCUGCCACCUAUGUGGGAAAUCCUUCAGUCAAUGUAGUGUCCUUAGGGAACAUGAGAAAACUCACACUGGGGAGGCACCAUAUGUCUGCCAUCUAUGUGGGAAAUCCUUCAGUCGACGUCGUAACCUUAGGGAACAUGGGAAAACUCACACUGGGGACUCACCAUAUGUAUGCCAUCUAUGUAGGAAAUCCUUCACACGAAGUCAUAGCCUUAGGCUACAUGAGAGAAUGCACACUGGGGAGAAACCAUAUGUAUGCCAUCUAUGUGGGAAAGCCUUCCGUUAUAGUUCUACUUAUAGGCGACAUGUGAGAAGUCACACUCAGGAGAAACCAUAGGUCUGCCUUUUAUGAGGGAAUCUUAAAUUCAGUAUGGUACUCUUAGGCAACUUGGGAGUCUCACUCUGGGAAGAAACCAUAUGUCAGCAGUUUUUUUGCGGAGAAACCUUCACUUAUCUUCAGGCUACAUGUGAUAUUAACACUGGGGAGAAAAGAUGUCUGCCAUCUAUGUGUGAAAACCUUUAGACAUAAAUCUGCCAUUAGGAACAUCAGAGAACUCAUUAAAUCUACUAUGCAUAUGAAAGAGUUUUCAGACACAGCUACCACCUUGAAAAAGUAAAAAACAACAACAACAAAAAGCCCUCAGUACUGUAAAUCUCUGUCAAUGUAAUCAAUGUCUAAAUCCCUUUAUUUGCAAUCUAUCCUUCAUAACAUGAUUGCUCUAUCCCGGGAGGAACACUGUGUAAUUACCUAUAAUAGAUUUCAGUGCAUCUCCAGCUUGGUGUGUACAAGUACAACUCAGAGUAGGAAUAACUCCAAACCAGAAAACAGGAUAGGAAAGACAUUAUCGGUAGGAACAAACUGUAGGAGAACUCUAGGAGAUAAUUAUUGAUGGAAUUAUUACUCAAUGAGGAAAUGUGUGAAAUCCUUAAAUUACAGAGCCAUAUAUGCAAUAUACAUGAAGUUACACAUUUUAUAAAGUAUAUUCUGUAUAUAUAUGGAUUGAAGAAAAGUCUUUGGUAGCUUUGAAGUUAUCCAUCAAUGCUUAAUUUCCCAUACUGAGGAAAUGUCAACCCUAAAAUCAAAUCAAAAUGUGUUCAGCUGGAUUUCAUCUCAAGGAUAUCAGACUGGGGAAAACACCUACCAAGAAUGCUUCACAGAACAAUUCAACCAUGAUUUCAGAGUUUUGCCUACUGAACUAUUAAUGAAAACUAAAUUAAAAUGGAUUGUAAAGUGAUCUGGGAGUGCCAAAUGCAGAAUUGUGUAAUGAGUUGUAGGCAAUGAAAUCAAAGUUUUUCUCAGCGUACUUGCAAAUAAUUAUGAGGUAAAAACUGUACCUCAAAAUUCUAUGAUGUUGGUCAGCUUCUAUUUUUUCACACAAUUGUAAACAUAAAUAUGACUCUGUUAAACUAGGGAACUUUGAACAUGAACUGAAUAAUGUACAGACCAAGAUUAUGUGUCAUAAAUCUUUUAUACUCUGAACAUGUAUGAAUACACCAAUAAUGAUAGAAUAUAAAUACUAACUUUGGAUUCAUUUCUAGUGAUACAUUUUCGUUUCCACUGCCACUGUUGGUCUUUUACAUUAAAAUG